CGCGUUCCGGCUCACAAAUUCGUUCUGAGCGUUGGUUCGUCGGUGUUCAACGCCAUGUUUACAGGCGCUAUGGAUCCAAGUGAGAAGGAGGAUAUUGAAAUUCCGGACAUUGAGUACUCGGUGUUCGUGGCAUUAUUGAAAUUCCUGUACAGUGACAUUGCGGAGGUCGAUUCCGAAAACGCAACGGCGCUUCUUUAUGCAGCAAAGAAGUAUGCUGUGCGAGGACUAGAAGUCUCCUGUGUCGGCUUUCUGAUCGAGCAUCUGAGUCCGGAUAAUGCGAUGAUGCUGCUUAGUCACGCUCGCCUAUUCGAUGAGAAGGUGCUCUCCAACGUCUCGGUUUUGGACCGUGACACGUUGCGCGUGCGCGAAAUUUCUCUUUUCCUCGCCCUUCUGCGGUGGAGUGCUCAACAGUGCCGCAAGCGAGCUUUCUACAUAACGCCUGAAAAUCAGCGUAAAAUUCUUGCUCCUCUGCUGCAAAAAAUACGUUUUCCGUUGAUGGCCGUGGACGAAUUUGCCGAACAUGUCGCACAGUCGGGCAUCCUCACCGACAAAGAGCUGGUCAACUUGUUCAUUUUCUUCAACGCAAAAAUCAAACCUGAAGUGCCGUUCUCUGACGUCCCGCGGUGCACCACCGUCGAGCAAGUGAUCAAUCGUUUUCAGCGCAUCGAAGAUCGCUGGGGCUACAACGGAGCACCGGACAAAAUAAAGUUUAUGGUGAACAGACGGAUUUAUUUGGUCGGUUUCGGUCUUUACGGCUCUGUUCACGGUCCAACCGAGUACACUGUCAAAAUACAACUUAUUAACGGUGUAAAUGGCAAAGUGUUGGCUUGCAACGACACGUCGUUUCAGUGCGAUGGCUCUAUCAAAACUUUCAAAGUGUUGUUCUCAGAGCCCGUGAAGCUUGAACCCUGUUUUCCGUACAUCGCCUCCGCACAGAUCAGUGGACCGGAUUCGCAUUACGGAAGCAAAGGAUUACAGCGUGUUGUCUUUCAGCCGGUUUGCGGACCAGCGGUCACAUUCCAGUUCAGCUACUCCGGUUAUGGCAACAACAAUGGUACAUCUGUGGAAGACGGACAAAUACCGGAAAUCUACUUUUACACGAAAAUGCGCGGCUGA